CAAAAGCCUCCUUUAAAAACUCUCUUUGUGUAUUUCUUCAUUUCGUUAAUGAUCUAAGUUUCCCCACGAAUCUUGACUUGCAUGAUGAUGCUUUGCACUAAAAUGAUGAGCAACAUAGUGGCAUCUCUUCCAAGUGAGAAUAUUGUCAAUGGAAACAUGAAGAAAUUAGUAAAGGUGACAACACCAAGGCCAAGAAAGAAAUUGCAACUAGCCGUGAUAGAGCCUGGGUUGAGAAGUGGUGUUUCUUCACCUGACUAUAUAUUGGAUAAUUAUUUAAAAACACUUGCACAAAGAGUCAAAUAUCAUCUUGGUUUUCCAGAGAACAUAUUCUAUGAUCACCACGUUGCUUUAGCUCCACUUUUGCAAUUUCACUUAAAUAAUUGUGGUGAUCCUUUCACGGAAAAUCCUGUGGAUUUUCAUUCAAAAGAUUUUGAAGUGGCCGUUUUGGAUUGGUUUGCCAAAUUAUGGGAAAUUGACAAGGAUGAAUAUUGGGGUUAUGUUACUCAUGGUGGCACAGAAGGCAAUCUUCAUGGAAUUUGGAUAGGGCGAGAGUUACUUCCUAAUGGAAUCUUAUACACAUCAAAAGAUUCUCAUUAUUCAGUCUUCAAAGCUGCAAGAUUGUACAGAAUAGAUUUGGAAAUGAUCAACACAUCAACAAAUGGAGAGAUGGAUUAUUCUGAUUUGAAAGCAAAAUUGCUUCAUAACAAGGACAAACCAGCAAUUAUAAAUAUUAAUAUUGGAACUACAUUCAAAGGGGCUAUGGAUGACAUUGAUGUUAUUCUUCAAACACUUGAAGAUUGUGGUUAUUCCCAUGAUAAGUUUUAUAUCCAUUGUGAUGCAGCCCUCAAUGGACUUAUUGUCCCUUUCACUAAAAAUGUGAUUAGCUUUAAGAAGCCAAUUGGGAGUGUCACAAUUUCAGGUCACAAGUUCAUAGGAUGUCCAAUUCCUUGUGGAGUUCAAAUAACAAGAAAAAGUCACAUCGCUUAUCUCUCAAGAAAUGUCGAAUACAUUGCUUCUAUGGAUGCCACAAUUUCUGGAAGUCGAAAUGGCUUAACUCCAAUUUUGUUGUGGUACAGUUUAAGCUCUAAAGGUCAAAUUGGGAUACAACAAGAUGUUAAGAGAUGCCUCAACAACGCUAGAUAUUUAAGAGAUCGUCUUAAGCAAGCAAAUAUUAGUGUCAUGCUUAAUGAGUUGAGUACUAUAGUUGUGCUUGAGAGGCCUCAUGAUCAUGAGUUUACUCGUCAUUGGCAACUCUCUUGCGUGAAGGAUAUUGCACAUGUAAUUGUUAUGCCAAGUAUCACAAGAGAAACAUUGGACGAUUUCUUCAUUGAUUUGGUGCAAAAAAGAAAAAUGUGGUACCAAGAUGGAAGCGUUAAGCCUCCUUGUGUUGCAGAUGAUAUUGGUGCUCAAAAUUGUGCAUGCGCUCUUCAUAAUGGUCAAUAUAUAUUCCUUCAAGGAAACAAACUCCCUAUCGUCUAGAUGAUGAAAUCUCAGCUUCAAUGUGCUACAAUUGGAUGGAAUUAUAGGUUCUUUUCAUGUUCUUGUAGAAUCUUUUUUUGUCUAUGCUACAUAAUUUGUGAUUUCAAACUAGUUAAGUUGGUUGUAUGACGUCCAUAUGUAGAUUGUCUAAUUAAUCAAUAAAUAAAUUAAGGACUUCAUGUUAAG